AUCACUACGACUGAUCGACUGGUACGUUAACCCGACUAAGAGGUACAACUACAAACGUGCUUGGUGAGCCGGGGAGAGUGCAUGCGAGUCGGAUUCUGUCCGAGCUGCAGGUGAAUCGAAAUGUCGGAAACAGAUAAAGCCCAGACCGCGACACCAGGUGGUGACACCAUCUUUGGCAAGAUCAUACGCGGGGAGAUUCCUACCACGUUUCUACACAAGGACGAUGUGUGUGUUGUGUUUAAUGACAUCAGUGCUCAGGCUCCAGUCCACUUCCUUGUUGUACCAGUGAAACCCAUCGUGCGGCUUGCCGAAGCUGAAGAUUCAGAUAAAGAGAUUCUCGGGCACCUGCUGCUGGUGGCCAAGAAGGUGGCAGCAGAUCAAGGUUUAACUGAAGGGUAUCGUGUGAUCAUCAAUGACGGUCAGCAUGGAGGGCAGUCUGUGUACCACCUACAUGUGCACGUGUUGGGGCAACGUCAGUUGGGGUGGCCACCAGGCUAGAUGGACGCACUGACACAGGCCAGGGUCAUUUCUGUAGACACCAUCUUGUCUUCAUACCUUUGUGUUCCUUUUUGUCUCAGUAAGUUAAUCAGAUCCCAAAUGAUGUAAUUGUAGUACAGAAUCCUUGGCAAAAUAAAAUGUGAACAUGAAA